AAACAGGCUUCUCUCUGGUACUGUAAAUCUUUUUAACACGUUUUUUUUCUAUUACUGAACUGGCUGCACUAGUUCAAGAAGUGUACACUAGAGCGUUUUCUAUUGCGGAACUAGUGUCAACAGCGCUGUUCAUUAUUGCAGUGCAGCGAAACUCAGUGCAACAGUUCACUGAAUUGACUGCACUAGUAUAGUAGAGGCCUCUUCUUUUCAGCUAAACUUCUCUGCACGGUUCAUCUUUCUUCUUUUUCUUUUCAUGUUGGAAAGAAAAAGAGAAAAGACAAACCGUGCAAGAAGUUCAGCUGAAAAGAAUAGGCUUUAUUAGGUCUGGAGCCAGUGCAAACAGUGCAAGAACUACGAAUGGCCGUCAAAAUCGAAAAGGGAGAGCGGAGUUGAUUGUGACACGGAGUAGUUGUGACAUUUCAAUAUCUCGAAUAUCGAGCGGUCCCCCAAUUAUAAAACUUGAGAAGAAGAGAUAUGGAUGAAAAAAAUGUAAGAAUCAAGCAUAGCAAGUGUGAUGUGUUUUAUUUGUUCGGCGGCAGAAGGUGUUAUAUGUGAGAUCUCUCCAAAAACAGUUGGACAAAGAAUCAUACCUCUGCUCUUGACAUCCUGCGACCAAUAUUUGCAAAUGCCUCUUCAAGUCUACACGUACCUUCUGUGUGUUCAGUAACUAAUUUUUCACAAUACAGAACGGUUAUAAUGACAGAGCAAGAAGCAGAAGAUCAGUGGAUGUUGCGAUAUUAUAUUCCUACAGAAAAGUGUCAAGAAUGUCACCGAUAUUUCUUGAAUUAUAAAGAUAGUCCAAUAUCAUAUAACGAAACGUUAACAAAAUUAAAAGAGCAUUUAUUCCAUGAACACAAGAUAGACCAUAAUUCCGUACAUAAUAUAGAAUAUGAUGUAAAUGAAAAGAAAAUCCCAGUACGUCGCUUCAUACGAAAAUGUUAUACAAAAUUAAAAGGAGAUCUGGCAAAAUGCAACUGUUGCUUUGCAAUAAUUAGUUAUAAAACCGGAAAUUAUAGAUUCUUACAUGAACACUUGAUAUGUAAGCAUGAAGACAAAUUAACGGAAAUAGAGAAAAGUGAUAAAAAGAUACAAUGGUAUUGGGAUUACGUCACAAGAAAGGACAAAGCACAUGCGAAAUGCAACAUUUGUAACAGAACAAUAGGUAUAUAUCCAAUUUCAAGUGUGAGUUACCACUUGAAAAUUCAUAAGAAAUCCGAUCCAAGUGAUUGGGACAGCGAUAGGGAUUAUCCAGACGGCGAUACAGACAUGGGUACGUCUUUAAAGAGAGCGAAACGUCAAGAAGAUAUUAAUAUUGUAAGGAAUUCUCCGAGGAAUAGAACGAUUAUAAUGGCAGAGGAGGAAGCAGGAAAUGAAUGGGUUUUGCUAUAUUAUGUUCCUACCUUAAUGUGUCACAAAUGUAACGUAUCUUUCUGGAGUGAUACAGAUAAUAUUUUAUCGUAUAAAGAAACAUUAAUAAAAUUAAAAGAACAUUUACUCCAUGAUCACAAUAUAGAACAUGAUUUCGUACAUAAUAUACAACGUGAUGUAAAUAAAGAAAAGAUUCCAGUACGUCGCUUUAUACGAGAACAUUAUUCAAAAUUAAUAGGAGACAUGGCAAAAUGCAACUAUUGCUUUGUAGUAAUUAAUUACUCAAACAUGAAUUAUAAUUUGUUACAUAACCACUUGAUAAGUAAACAUAAAGAUAAAUUAACGGAAACAGAGAAGAAUGAAGAAAGAUUACAUUGGUGUUGGGAUUAUUACAGAAUAAAAAAUUUCACAAUAAAUAAAAAAAUGCGAGUGAAAUGCAACAUUUGUAAAAAAAUAUUAAUCGCAUAUUCAGUUGGAUAUUUGACCAUGCACUUGAAAAUUCAUAAUAGGAUAACCGGUGCAAGUUCAAGCAGUGAUAUGGAUGAUAUGGACAGCGAUAUAGAUAUGGUUACACCUGCAGUAGAAGUGAUACGUCAAGAAGCAUCAUCUAAGAAUAUGUACGAAAUGACACAAGAAACAAGUCAAGGAACAAAUCAAGGAACAAAUCAAGGGACAACUCAAGGAACAAGUUCUAAUAAGAAAACCGUUCCAAAUUCAAUCAGUGAUACGGACAACAAUAUAGACAUGGGUACGCCUACAAAAGGAGCGAAACAACUAGAUGACACGGAUUCUCCGCGACAUAGAAUGGAUAUAAUGGCAGAGGCGGGUUGUCCCUCAGAAGAUGAGUGGAUUUUACAAUAUUAUAUUCCGACAUUAAUGUGUCAAGAAUGUCACGAACUUAUCUUGAAUAAUAAAGCUAGUUCUUCAUCGUAUAAAGAAACAUUAACAAAGUUAAAAGAACAUUUAAUUCAUGAACACAAGAUAGACCAUGAUUCCGUACAUAAUAUAGAACAUGAUGUAAUUAAAGACAUGAUUCCAGUACGUAGCUUUAUACGAAAACAUUAUUCAAAAUUAAAUGGAUAUGCGGCAAAAUGCAAUCAUUGCUUUAGAGUAAUUAAUUAUACAGUACUACAUAGUGUUUUACAUAAACACUUGAAAUAUAAACAUGAAGAAAAAUUAACGGAAAGAGAGAGGAAUGAAGAGAGAGUGCUUUGGUACUGGGAUUACGUGACAAUAAAGGACGAAAUGCUUGCGAUAUGCAACUAUUGUAAUGCAGCAUACAAAAUAAAUUCACUUAAAAAUUUACUUCAUCACAUAAGCGUACAUAAUGAUACAGAUGAUACGGACGGCAAUACAGGCAUGAAGCAUCAAGAAGACACAAAUUCUCUGCGAUCAAGAACAGAUAUAAUGGCAGAGCAGGAAGCAGAAGAUAAGUGGAUGUUGCAAUAUUAUAUUCCCACAUUAAUGUGUCAAGAAUGUCACGAUCAUUUCUUGAAUGAUAAAGCUAAUUCUUCAUCGUUUAAAGAAACAUUAACAAAGUUAAGAGAGCAUUUAUUCGAAGAACAUAAUAUAAAACAAGAUUCCGUACCUAAUAUAGAAUAUAAUUUAAAAGAGAAGCUUCCAAUACGUCGCUUCAUACGAAAGCGUUAUUUAAAAUUAAAAGGAGAUUUAGCAAGUUGCAAUUAUUGCUUUGGACUAAUUAGUUUCAAAAACAAGAAUUAUAAUUUUUUACAUAAACACUUAUUGUGUAAACAUGAAGACAAAUUAACGGUAAUAAAUAAGAAUGAAACAAAAAUAAGUUGGUAUUGGGAUUACUUCAAAAAGGGCGAAAGGAAUGGGAUAUGCACCAUUUGUAACAGAGGUAUAUCUUUGGGCGGUAUUGCUAAUCACAUGAAAGGUCAUAAGUAAGUAUACAUUUAAAAAUUUAUUAAAAUAUUAAAGAAUAUAAAAUAUAGUAGAGGAGAAGGUGAUAAUAUGGAACCUCUCAAUAUCUUAAAAACUUUGAGCUGCAUUUUAUAGGUGACAGCUAGAACUUGUUUAUUAGGUUACCCUUUGGGCCGUAAGAGCGCCAGAUUCACUAGAUGGGAAUAACAAAUAAAGUAAGAAACAUAUUUUUCUUUUGUCGAUUUCUGAACGUUUAAAAGGUAGAUAGAACUUUAUUUAUUUGUAACUGUUCGUGAUUAACGGCUAACGUUUAUAGCCAGACACUUAUACAGUAUAUGAUGUUAUCUCUAACACUAACAUUUCCGUGUUUAAGAAUAUUUAGUUCUUUUUGUUUUGCUGUAACUGCUAUUGUUUUUCAAGAUGGCAAUGUUUGUACUAUGGAUUCCCAAGAUGCUGGAUCAAUGUCUAUGAAUCCAAUGUAGUUUUUGGAUUUUUGGA